GCCAGGCGAGCCCGGCUCCGCGCGACAGUGUAUGUGUGUGCGCGCGCACGCGGCCCGGCCCCGACACACUUUCCGGCAGGUCCUGGAGCGCGUGACGUUGAACCGCAGUUCCAGUUCGCACGUGGCGCCCGAGAAGUCGCAGUGUCCCUGAGACCUCCUCUGCUCCUGAAGCGUCCGCGGCCAGGAUGAAGAGGCCGAAGUUAAAGAAAGCGAGUAAACGUAUGACCUGCCAUAAGCGAUAUAAAAUUCAAAAAAAGGUCCGAGAACAUCAUCGAAAAUUAAGGAAGGAAGCUAAAAAACGGGGUCACAAGAAGCCUAGGAAGGACCCAGGAGUUCCAAAUAGUGCUCCCUUUAAAGAGGCUCUUCUUCGUGAAGCUGAACUAAGGAAACAGCAGCUUGAAGAACUAAAACAGCAACAGAAACUUGAUAGGCAAAAAGAGCAAGAAAGGAAAAGAAAACUUGAAGUUAGCCCUGGUGGUGAGCAGUCUAAUGUGGAAACUCGGGAGGAAUCUGAUGAGCCCAAAAGAAAGAAAGCCAAAGCAGGCAAACAGAAUCCAAAGAAGUUACAUUGCCAGGAACUUAAAAAGGUGAUUGAAGCCUCAGACAUUGUGUUAGAAGUUUUGGAUGCCAGAGAUCCUCUUGGUUGCAGGUGUCCUCAGAUAGAAGAAGCUGUUAUCCAAAGUGGGUGUAAGAAGCUGAUACUUGUAUUAAAUAAGUCAGAUCUAGUACCAAAGGAGAAUUUGGAGAACUGGCUAAAUUAUUUGAAUAAAGAAUUGCCAACAGUGGUGUUCAAAGCCUCAACAAACUUAAAGAACAGAAAGACAUUCAAGAUAAAAAAGAAGAAAGUUGUUCCAUUCCAAAGUAAAAUCUGCUGUGGCAAGGAAGCCCUUUGGAAGCUCCUUGGAGAUUUUCAGCAGUCCUGUGGAAAGGAUAUUCAAGUUGGAGUGAUUGGUUUCCCAAAUGUGGGGAAAAGCAGCGUCAUUAAUAGCUUAAAACAAGAAUGGAUUUGCAAUGUUGGGAUUUCCAUGGGACUUACAAGGAGCAUGCAGAUUGUCCCUUUAGACAAGCAGAUCACAGUCAUAGACAGUCCAUGCUUAAUUAUCUCACCUUGUAACUCCCCCACUGCACUUGCCCUACGGAGUCCAGCAAGCAUUGAGGAACUGAGACCGCUGGAGGCUGCCAGUGCCAUUCUGUCUCAGGCUGAUAAUCAACAGGUGGUGCUAAAAUAUACUGUCCCGGAGUAUAAGGAUUCUCUGCAUUUUUUUACUAAACUUGCUCAAAGAAGAGGUCUGCACCAAAAAGGUGGAAGCCCAAAUGUGGAAAGCGCUGCUAAGCUGGUGUGGUCUGAGUGGACAGGUGCCUCAUUAGGUUAUUACUGCCAUCCCCCUGCAUCCUGGAAUCAUUCUCUGCAUUUUAAUGAGAAUAUUGCAGCAGUCAUGAAGAAGGGCUUUAAUCUAGAAGAACUAGAAAAGAAUAAUGCACACAGCAUACAAGUCCUCAAGGGCCCUCAAUCAACUAAUAGAAUCCUUUUUCGGUCUUCGGGCCUGACAAAUGGAAUACUAGACGAGAAGGACAUAGCCGAAGAAUCACCAAGACAGACAGAAGACAAACAGGAUGCUGAUGAUCAAGAAAAUGGUAGUGGUGAAAAAAAUGCAGAAAUCUCAGAUGUGGCCCCUGUAGAAGAGACCAGGGAGCUGUCACCUGAGCAAUCAACAGCAAGUAAGCCAUCUGACGGGUCAUCGGCCUUGGAUAGAACGAGUCAAGAGGAUGAGGCCUAUGACUUCACCACAGAUUAUAUAUAACCGCCACACAUUUAAAGUGCUCUCUGUACACUGUGUAGUUUAGUGUAUGAUAUAAACUGUACAUCUUGUAAAUAUGUAUCAUGUUAUAAAUUAAAAUACAAGUAUUUGCUUGC